AUGGCGCGUCGCGUCUAUCGCAGCCGAAGCCGCAGCGCAGACAGGACGGCGGAAAGUGAAUGGCACAAUGGCGGUCUGUCCGGUGCAGAUCCCACUGAUCGCACAGCUGGCGGUUUACGCGGCUGGGAUGAUGACAGCGAUGAUGGGAAAUUCCAGCUCAAGGUGCCGAAGAACUUGGCAUCUGCGUCUGGUUGGAAGGUGGAGCUGAAGAAAAGCAAGCCAGCUGGUUCGCAGGAGAUCUUCUUGCGCCCUGCGGUAACCUCCACUGUGCGACUCUCGCCGGGACCUGGAGGCUUAGGUUGGCCAGUUGAGGACAAGGGCGAGAAGCUUCCGAAACAGAUAAAACAGGCUUCCCCAAAGGUGGCAGACUUGACGCCCCGAGCUUCUCGUAAGGACCCUGACAGGCUUCCAGAACGGGCUGUGGAAAAGGCCAAACUCAAAAGAAGUGAUCAGGCCGAUAAAGGCUUUGAAAGACAGGAUACCCAACGCCAGAAAGAAGAUGGACAGAGGAUUGAUGUCCAACAGACAGCCGAUACUCAAAGCCGCAGGAAAGAGGAGCGAGAGGAUGAAGAGAGGAUGGGAGAUGAAGACUUCGCGGAGAAGCUCAAAGAUGAGAACAACCAUAGUCAUGAUAUUGAUGACAGAGGUCGCAGGACCAACAAGGAUGUUCCCAAUGACAGACAUCAGCUAGACAGACAUCAUCGGGAAAAUGGUGAAGACAGAGAUGACGCAAGUGACCUGGAGGAAAGGAGCCGGCCCAAUGAUCGUGACAAGUCAGAUCUGAGGAAUGGACAACCUCGCAAGGAAGACAGAGGGGAAGAUAAAAGGGACCGGCGGGAUGGCCGAGACCACCGCGAAGAGAAAGACCGUGACGAUGUGAGAGAAAUGCGGGAUGUGCGAAAGAAGGCUGGCCAGGAUAGGCAAGGAGACAAGGAGAGGGAGCGGGAUAAUCGAGACAGACGAGAUGAAAGAGAUCCACGGCGGGAUGAAAAAGACAGACGGGAUGAUAGAGACAGAAGAGAAGAAAGGGAUCACCGGGAUGGUAGGGACUGCAGAGAGGAUAGGGACCGCAGAAAUGACAAGGACCGCCGGGAUGACAAGGACCGCCGGGAUGAAAGAGACCGGCGAGAUGAGAGGGAGCGGAGGGAUGGCAGGGAACGGCGGGAUGAAAGAGACCGGCGAGAUGAGAGAGACCGGCCCGCCGAGAUGAUAAAGACCGGCGGGACGACAGAGAUCGCAGGGACGACAGACAUGAGAGGGAUGGCCGUGAUGGAAGAGACCGGAGAGACAGAGACCCCAAGACUGAUCGCGAUGGUCGGCACCGUUUUGAAAAGCGCGAUGAUCGAGAUCGGCGUGAUGACCGUGACAGACGUGAUGAUUUGGGGAAGCGUGGUGACCGGGCCCGAGAAAGGGACCGAAGUCGUGACCGAUGACUCUGUGGGCGCUGAGAUGCGCUGA